AUGACUACUCAGUACCAGCAUACACUUUUUCUUUGCAUCGAAGGUUUCUUCCCAAAGCAGAUCGCUUUCUAUCUCCUGUCCAAAGGGAUAUGCUCUUCGGUAGAACAGCUUUAUGAGGGAAAGACGAAUGAGCCCAAUCUGAAGGUUGUACGUGUCACCUUCACAGACGAAGGUUUUGUCUCUGAAGAUCCCGAAAACCCACUACCAAAAGGGACAACCGGCUCUGCGCUGCGUCUUGACAAUGCAGAAGAUGAUAAACCAGUCUGGAUUCGUGAGCCUUGGAGUAUGAUCUCUUACCUUGAAGAGGUAUUUCCUGGCACAGAAGACAACAACUACCGGCAGAUUUGGGCCACAGAUGCUGUUGAAAGAGCUGUCUCUCGAGACAUCAUCAGCUACGUGCACUCGUCCAUUGAACAAGGAAACACCUGGCUUUCCAACAGCGCACCGUUCACAUGGACUUACAGAAAGAUCCCAGAGGAAGAGCGCAGUAUUGGGGUAGGCCGUCGAGCGAGGAGGGAAUUCGAGGGACUAUUUAAGAAGUUGCAAGGAGUUGCUACGGAGAAUCUCACAAAAACUGGUUGGCUGACCCCAGCGGCAGAUGGAGGACCGGGUAUGGCCGACUGUAUCCUUGCUUCAACUGUUCGCCACACAGAACUCGCCUGGAGUGAGUUUAUCCUUGAGGAUGAACCGCUGGAGGAGCUGAGGAAGUGGUAUGAGAAAUUCCAAACUGUGUGGUUCUGGAAUGAGCUGGAGGAGGCAGAUCGUUUUCCUGAUGUACUGCGACAAGGCAAAGGAUCUGUACACAAGUAG